GGCCAGCCACCAGAUUCCUUCCUCCUCCUUGCAAAGCCGCAGCAUCAAUCUCACUGCGUCCCUGCAAUCUCAGUCCCACUGCACCACUCCAAGUCCCCAUCGCCGCGCCAGCAUGGGCGGCGGCCUCGGGCUCCGGCGGCGCGGCGCCCAGCUGCCGCUGGCGCUGCUCCUGGUCCUCGUCGCCGCGGCGGCCGGUGCCGCCGCGGGGAAGGGGAAGGGGAAGGGGGCGCACGGUAGUACCAGCACCAGGCUGCGGUUCCGGCGGGACAGCGGGACGUUCAAGGUGGUGCAGGUGGCGGACAUGCACUACGCCGACGGCCGGGCCACAGCCUGCGAGGACGUGCUCCCGUCCCAGGUGGCCGGGUGCUCCGACCUCAACACCACCGCCUUCCUCUACCGCGUCUUCCGCGACGAGGACCCCGACCUCGUCGUCUUCACCGGUGAUAACAUCUAUGGUGCGGAUUCAACUGACGCAGCCAAGUCUAUGGAUGCAGCGAUUGCCCCAGCCAUUGACAUGAAACUUCCUUGGGCUGCUGUGAUUGGGAACCAUGACCAAGAGGGUACGCUGUCGCGUGAGGGUGUAAUGCGUCACCUUGUGAGCAUGAAGAACAGCCUUUCAGGACUCAACCCCGAAGGAGUUGAAAUUGAUGGCUAUGGCAAUUACAAUUUGGAAGUUUCUGGGGUUAAUGGAACAUCAAUGGGUGAAAAAUCAGUGCUCAACCUGUAUUUCCUAGACAGCGGUGACUAUUCUACUGUACCGUCAAUCAAAGGUUAUGGUUGGAUCAAGGCCUCACAGCAAGUUUGGUUCCAACAAACAUCUUCAAGCCUACAGAGAAAGUAUAUGAAUGAAACCCCGAAGCAGAAGGAGCCAGCACCUGGCCUUGUGUUCUUCCAUAUUCCACUGCCGGAGUUCAGCAGCUUUACAGCAGCCAAUAUCACUGGAGUAAAACAGGAGGGAAUUAGCUCAGCAUCAAUCAACUCUGGGUUCUUUGCCUCCAUGGUGGAGGCUGGAGAUGUGAAGGCUGCCUUUAUUGGACAUGAUCACCUUAAUGACUUCUGCGGAAAGCUCGGAGGUAUUCAGCUAUGCUAUGCUGGCGGAUUUGGCUACCAUGCCUACGGGAAGGCUGGGUGGUCAAGGAGAGCGAGGGUGGUGUCUGUGCAACUUGAGAAGACAGACAACGGUGAAUGGCAAGGAGUGAAGUCCAUCAAGACAUGGAAGAGGCUUGAUGAUCCCCAACUCAGCACAAUUGACUCUGAGGUCCUCUGGAACAGAGGCUUUAAUGGGAGGCGCAAGAAGAAUACUGACGGUAGUUAACUCAUGAUGUGGACAGCAAAUGGAGCACCGUAUUGGACUCUGCAUAGAUGUGUAUUGUUGGAUGGCCAAUUUAUCAGAGUCGCAAAAUGCAGAAAUGUGCAGAAGGGAAGAAAAGGAAGGUUAUAUACUACACGUACACACGUUUUUCAGUUGUAUUUUUCCCUAGUUAGGAAAUAACACGUCGUGGAGCAAUUGUAAUUCAAUGCAGCUGUCAAGUAUUUACAAGUGUCCCCAACUACAGUGCAAUGGUCAAAGGUAAACGCGAAUGCAAUUCCGUUGUAGUCCCAUCUCUCAUCUCUCAUGUAUUGCUACUGGCAACAUCUUUCAAGUGCGAUCCAAGCUACUGGUCUCUCAA